AUGGGCAUCAGAAACAUCAUGACCCCCAAACCUCACAUCUGCGUCAUCGGCUCCUUGAAUAUCGACUUCGUAACGGCGACCCCACGCUGCCCCGGCGCCGGCGAAACUCUCACAGCAACCUCCCUCACUGUCACAGCCGGCGGCAAAGGCGGAAACCAAGCCACAGCCUGCGGCCGCGCCUCCUUCACAACAGACAAAACCCAAGACGCAACUGUCAGCAUGAUCGGCGCCGUCGGCGCGAACGACGUCUACUACUCGACUCUUCUCAAGCCCGCGCUGGAGAAAUCGGGCGUUAGCACGGCGGAUGUCGAGGAGUCGGGCGAGGCGCAAACGGGUUCGGCAACAAUUCUCGUGGAAGAGGGCGCGGGUGGUGAGAAUCGGAUUCUUGUUGUCCCUGGCGCUAAUCAUGCUGGUGUUAUGGGGGAUGUUGGAGCGAUUGUGGAUGUUGUCAAGGGACAGAGUGUGAGACCCGGUGUUAUUGUUUUGCAGGGCGAGAUUCCGAGGGAGACUACACUGGGAUUGUUGAAGUAUUAUAAUGGUGUUGGGUUGGGGGAGGAGAAGGUGCAUGUUGUGUUUAAUCCGGCGCCCGUUUAUCCAGAGGGGAUUUCCUUGGAGGCGCUGAAGCAUACUUCUGUGCUUAUUAUGAAUGAGACUGAGGCUGUCCAGAUGUCGAGGUCUAUUGCAGGGUUGCCUGUUUCUGACUCGACUCGACCGACCGAGUUGGAUGAUCUGCUGCCCGAGGAGCUGGCACCACGGUUCCACGAGACUGCUGAUGUGCAAAUUAUUUUGAUUACUUUGGGCGCCAAGGGUGUUUAUUUCUCAACACGCACUGGUUCUCGUGGUGCUGUGCCAGGUGUGCGUGUACCCAAGGUUGUUGAUACCACGGCCGCUGGUGAUACAUUCGUUGGAUACUUCUCAACAGCUCUGGCACGGUUCCUCGCCAAGGGGGAGCCCCUGGAGGCAUUCGACAGCGAGAUUGAGAGCGCAGUAAAGAAGGCCAACGCCGCGGCUGCCAAAUGUGUUGCUGCGCGAGGUGCAAUGCAGAGCAUUCCAUUUGCAUAUGACCUAGAGUAG